CUGGUUUUUAUUCCUCCUUCUCCAUCGGCCAUUGAUCUGAGUAUUUUCAGAUUCUUCCUCUCAAGUGAAAGCAACGAUCCUGUCUCUUCUCUUUUAGAGUUUAUCGAUAGCUUUGUUUCCUAAUUGAAUUUCUGGUUAGAUUCAUUUAUCCUUUUUGCCAUUAUUUUGAAUUUUUUCUCUUUUCAACAAUUUGAGAUAGUAAAACGGGUUAAGUAGAAGACAGACGAAUCGUUGCUAGUAAUUAGCUUAAUUGGCUACGAUUGUAGUUAUGAUUCAAUUAGAAGUGUUCUAAUUUGUUUUAAAAAAAAAAUCGAAACCCAACUUCGAUUUUUUGACAGUCAUGGAGUUAGAGAGAUUCAGGGUAGGUCUUACUCCAACUGUAUUCUACAUUCCCGGUUUCAUAACUGACGAAGAGCAAACUCAGCUCCUAAAUCAUGUAAAACUCUCCUCUCCAAUUGUUUAAGCAUUUGACAUCUUGAGAUUAUAUGUACUACCCUUUUGCUGUCUUGUAAGAUAUAUGGAGCAUCUGGUUCCAAGUGGAAGACAUUAAAGAACAGAAGAUUACAGAACUGGGGUGGUAUGGUCCAUGAAAAGGGUCUUGUUCCACAAGAGUUGCCUCCCUGGCUGACAAAGAUAACAGCGGAAAUUCAUGAAAGCUCGGGUCUGUUCCCUUCUGCUAUAAAUCAUGUCCUCAUCAAUGAAUACCAUCCUGACCAAGGGAUUAUGCCGCAUCAAGAUGGACCCGCUUACUUUCCUGUUGUAGCUAUCUUGUCUCUUGGCUCACCUGUUGUUAUGGACUUCACUCCGCAUUUGAGAUUAAGAUCAGGCGAUGGUUACAUUUCCAAAGACCAAAGUCCCUGUGCAGAGAGUUGUGCCCCUGAGAGAGACUCAUUCUCUGUCUUGUUGAUGCCUCAAAGCUUACUCAUCUUCAAAGAUGACGCAUAUUCAGAUUUCCUCCACGGCAUUAGCGAUAGUCCAACACAAUGUUACAACCAGGUCGUUAAUGAAGCUGAAGCUUUGGCUUACUCUAACGAAGAAGAUUCAAGAAAAGAUGGUGACAAGAUUUUUCACAGAGACCAAACUCGAGUUUCACUUACUUGCCGUCUAGUUCCCAAAGUCCGUAAAAAUCUCUUCAGAUUCUAGCUUGCUUCCCUAAUAACACUGGUUUUAUCUUGUCGUUUAUGACUGUAAAAAACGUUACGAUUUGUGACGUGUGGAAUAUAAAACGCCACGAUUUGUAGUUGCCGAAACAUGAGGACAAAAAACUUGCAACGGAUAGGAUUAAAUAUGAGCCCUUCAUUUUAUUUUA